GUAACAAGCAACUGCCGCAGAUUAGUGUUAAAGAUAAUUAAUUUUGAAUAAAUAGCCCGAUGAAGGAAAAACAGCAAUUAAAAUCGAAUUAGUGAACAGCAUGAAGUCAGCUACUCUGGUAUUAUUUUCUCUACUCUUCGUUAAUGGAUUGCGGGCGGCUCCUCGACAAGCCAUCGUUCCCCAUGUUAUUAAUGGAAGGGCAUUAGUAGUCCAGCAUGCGGCAGCAGUGUUCGCAGUUGUAAGCGAAAAUGGAGAUGGGUUUUUCGGUGGCGGAAGUAUUGUUUCAGAUCGUCAUAUAAUCACGGGAGCAAAUUUAGUCCUUGGAGCUACUAGCGUUCGUGUUGGCUAUGGAAGCACCUCUCUCACAUCCCUAACUGCAAUAACAACAACAUCAUUUGUUGCUCAUGCUGCUUUCAACCGGACAACAAUGGAAAAUGAUAUUGCGAUUGUGUUUCUUCCUUUUGCUAAUCGAAUUGAGUUUAGUGAUGCUGUUCGCGCAAUCGCUUUGCCCACAGCAGCUCCCGGAAUAGAUUUAGCCGGAUCAUUGGGUGGAUUCGGUUUCACAGAGUCCAAUGGAGUAGAUUGGAGUGACACACUUUUGGUCGCAAGUCUCAUCACGGUAGAUAAUGCUAUAUGUACGGAACGUUGGCCAAGCUUAACAAUGGAAAACCAAUUUUGUGCCAAUGGAGCUCCGAGUCCGGUAAUACCUUCAUUGAUUACAAAUAUCUGUGCUGGUGACUACGGAGCUGGUUUCUACACUGGUGACGGAUUUAUAACAACAACUACGACAACAACAACAACGACUGAAGACCCCGGUGAGGAAGAAAUAAUUGAAGUAGAACCAGCACCAGAAGAAGACGUUGAAACCGAAGAUGGGGAGAAUCAAUCCGGCGAGGUUCAACCAUUCGAUCCGACAAAACUUAGGAGUGCAUCAGUGUCUGAGGGCGAAGAACAAGUCGAACCUGUUCUGGUUGGAAUCGCCUCAGUCGUUGGAGACUGGUGGGAAUGCAAUCCGGAGGAUCCUCGCACUUACACCAUAGUUUUCAAUUACGUUUCUUGGAUUCAAGAUUUAACGGGAAUCGAGGUCUAACGGCGGCUGUAAUAAUUAACUUUUAACGAAUAAACAAUUUGCCUGCAGUUA